AUGUCUUCCGCACUUUGCUUUGUCUGCUCGAGGUGCGAGCUUCCUAUUUGCUCCCGUAAGGAUCUUCUCAUGGCGCCUGUGGCUGGAGGCACCACAGAAACGGCCUUUGAAUAUUUCUUAGAAGACGUUCUGGCUCUGGACAUCUCCGUGCCGUGCUACAGCGGUGAUGAAGUGGCAGAAGUCAGCGUCACCGUUUCAGAGGAGAUACUUGCGUCCGUUUUACCACCAGGAGCACAGCAGUUAGCAUUGGAGGCCGUUGUGGCCUCACAACGCUCUGAACAACAGCGCCAGCAGCAAGUGGAGCAAAACGACGUGGGAACGUCGCUAUCGUCUCCGCGAGGCGGGUCAAUUCCGGGUAGCUCAACGGCAGCAUUGCCUCACAGCAGCAGCAGCAGCAGCAGCAGCAGCAGCAGUGCUGACAACGCAGAGGUCCCAGUGGAGAUUGCGCCCGAGGAAGCUAAUAGCCACAACGCGACGGGUACCUCGUCGCGCGGGGUUUUAACAUCUGAAAACAGCUCUUAUCAGCAAGCAAUACAGGCGUUAGCACGUUACAAACGUGUCCAGGAGACCCGUGUAGACUUGGUUUGUGUUAGGGAAGAUGUGCUGGGAUGUGGACUCAGUCGUUGCACCCGGGAUCGCGUCGCCCAGUCUUCAUCAGCGAGCUCACCGCCUGCCUCGGUGGAGGAAGCCCAGAGUUCGUCGUCUCCCACGCAGUGGUUUUCACACCCAGGGAAUUUUAUAGUUGAGGAGUCCUUUAUUAAGGUGCGGCGUCGCACGAAGACCGCGCGUUAUCCGUGGUUUGAUGCGUACGAUUGUCGUGGGCGGCUGGAGUGCCCGGAUUGUCAUCUUGGGCUGGGGUACCUGUUUGUGCGGAGGUCGAACGAGCACCCCGGCUCCGAGGCGGUGGCGGUGGCGGCUCCGUCCGCGGGUCAUGCGGAGACGGGGGAUGAUGGAACUGCGGAGGAAGUGCCUGAGCCGCAACAAAAAAGGGAGCGGAAAGAGGAGGGGAAUGACAAUGAGAAGAAACAAAAACAACAAAAUGACGGGGAUGAGAACGUGUUACAGUACCCUUCCACCUUUUUGGGCCUAGAACUAAAAAAAAUCCGGGAGCGUCAAUGGGGUCUGCGGGACUUUCAAAAACGAUACCAACGGUCUAAGGAACUUAAAACCUUUCGCGAGAUGUUUCCAGAAGCGGAAGAGCUUGAGAACCUUUACAGCCGUCUGACGGCUCUUCGCAUGCAAUCUGAACUCUACAACAAUCUUCUUCGAAAACACAAGGAACGGAAUGAUGUGCAGAGUGCACUUCUUCAAAGUCAAAAAGAACGCAUACACACCUAUGAGGAAAAGCUACGCACCAUGCAGCAAAUUAUUGAAGCACAACGAGAGCAGCUGGAAAUGCAGGGUCGGCAAAUCAAACAUCAAGAAGAAUUAGUGAAGAAUCAUAAAAGUCAGGUCCAUACACAACAACAGCAAAUACAUGUGGAGCAGCUUUUAUUGACUGAGCAGAGUCGCACGAUUGAAUCACAGCGAGAGCAACUGAAUCUUAUACAGGCUCACCUCCGGGCAAGGUUGAUGAAAGAGAAACUAGACGAGCGCUGUGAACAGCUUACGAGACUUCUUUAUGACAUAGGUGGAGAGAGGCGGUCCCAAAUCUUAACAACGGAUACGGCAACCACUACACUGCAGCGCCUCUCACGGCACCCGCUUCCGCCGCCACAUCUUAUGGGAGUUGUGGGUUAUGACACUCGUGAAGUUAGGGAAACAGAAACAGAAGAGAGAGGAAUGGAAUACCGAUCAACUGAUGGGUUGUGCCAACGUCCUACAAGUGAUGCGGUGGCGCCCUCUCGUGAUGACCUCGUGACCAGUGGACAGGAGGGUGAGGGUGCAGUGGUGUCAGAGACUCGUGGCUUUCCUUCGAGAGCAUCGCCCGCUUUUGUUACGGCCAAGGGGUUGGAUGGCCGGUCGGCUUUUUGCAGAAGCUCGGAUGUUUCCCAACGAACGGCGGCAAUCAUGCGGAGGAUUACAGAAGAAAGGGCUCGGCGGGGUGUCGGAAAGGAUUCCCUGCCGUCAGGCGACAUUUCACUCGGCAGUGCGAUGGCCAAUGAUGAAAGACAGAAUUCGGAUGGUGCUUGUGCGCUUAACUCCCGAAACGUGUCCCUUUUGCUCUCAAAAAAGAAGGAAUAA